AUUUAAACAAACCGGCAAAGCAUAAUUUACUUUGAUGCAAUGUCCGCUUUAAAAUGGGAGUUCGAAGAUUUGAUGUGUUGAGUUUGGAAGUCUCUCAAAUCAAAAUACUCGUUUAUGAAAAAGAAGUUGAAGGAGGACUUAUUGCUGAUACACAUAACAAUAUUUAAGGAGCUGGAAGAAGAUACCGACAUGCAUCCGUAUUAUUGCGACAUAAUUUACCACGUCUUCUCGUACAUGUAUAAGUGAACCGGAGGGGAGGACAAGUGAUUGCAGUUUUUCCAGAUAGUAUCUACAUACACACAAUCACUCUUCAACCAUUCAUAGCUCAUCUGUUCACCAUACCAAAGAAGUCGUGUUAUCUCGUUCAUAGUAAAGCAUUAAUAUGCGAUUCAAGUUAAAGUCACAUCAUAUAAGACAGUUGACAAUUGCCACGUUGUCAUAUACGUUGAUCGCUAGUACCUUGUUGUACUAUUACACGCACCAGGUCUGUCAUGGCCGCGACUGCAACGCAACUGCCAUAUACAAUAAGAGAGAAUAUCCCGUUUUUAGGACAAAUCUGGAUACUGGGAAUUCGGUGGGACUAAGCAACAACAUAAAAGAAAAAAUACACACACACACUGUUAAAGGCAAAGGAAUCAAACCAGAUGAUAAACAAUCUCUUGGUCAGUUUCGGUUACGAAACAAUGCAAGGGUUGAGACUGAACACACUACAAAAGAUCUGCAAAUGGUAUUUAACGUCCGUAGUUGAUGAAAUGAAAAACAAACCACAGCAAGUUAAGAGCAACACGGAGAUAAUGCCAAUUAUGAAUAAUAAUGGGCAAGCUAUAAAUCAAAUCAUAAAAGAACCUGUGGAUGAUAGGACAAAGUUUCAGUGCAAGGGAGAUUUUAUAAGGGGGUAUAACUCACAUAUACCGAGAACGGCUCUGGCAAGUUCACCAGGGUCGGGAAACACAUGGACACGCCACUUACUACAACAGGCAACAGGUGUAAGCACAGGUAGCAUAUAUGGUGAUGCACUGCUACAACGUAAUGGUUUUAAAGACGAAAGCAAAUGUGUAAAAUCAGACACGUGUCUUGUUGUUAAAACUCAUGAAUGGAAAACCGACUACCAAUCCUAUUAUGACCGGGCUAUUUUGAUUUUGCGUCAUCCUCGGGACUCUGUCGUGUCUAGCUUUCAUUAUUUCAAUGGUGGACUCCACGUGAAGGAAGCAAAACCACAUAUGUUCCACACAGACCACUGGAUACGUUUUGCAGAGGAGCGCAUACAGUUUUGGUUUGGUCUGAAUAAUGACUGGGUUACCAAAUUUCGUAACCCCUUGUACAUUGUAUUUUAUGAAGACCUUAAAGCCAAUCCGAUCUCACAAAUAGAAAAAGCCGUAAAUUUUCUGAACUUUACAAUGACAGAAACGGACAAAAUAUGCAUGGAGAAAAAACUUCAGGGAAACUUUCAAAGGAAACAUAAUAGCAAGAUCGAUAUAGACAAAUUAUACACUGAUUCACUUAAGGUGGUAAUGGACAAACGUGUACAAGAGUUGACGACCGCUAUACAAGCUAGAUUUCCAGGUAAAUCUGUUAUAUGGACGAAAAGGUGAAAUAUGUUAUAGAAAUAUAAAGAUAAAUCAUGUAGCAUAGCUAGUAGAGAAUGACAUUUGACCACAUCAGGACUUAUAUCAGCUUUUCACUUCUAAAGGUAGCGUUUGUUUCGUCGACAGCCAAACAGCAACAGCCUGCAGGUAGCCUUGUGUGGUUUAAUUGUGUAGGGGCCCGCUAAAGGAUAUCAGAACUGGGAUAUCUUGGGGGGUUUGUUAUCAUACUUUAACGCUUGAGAACAUUUAUGAGUGGAUGUUAAUGUAUUCUUGAAGCGGUAAUGCUUCUCAGUACAACUCUUUGCUAACGAUACACGAAUACUCUACUAUAAUUAUUUCUCAUGUUGAUGUAUGUCUGUAAAUGUGUAUAUGUAACUAUAAACCACCCUGUACACAUUAAUUACCAAACCGUAUCAACAGCUCCCGUGGUAAAAAGGAGACUAUGCAUGAAAGACUGAUACUUUGUUUACAAGAUGUGAAUUAAGUGUCUUCAUCAAUAUGUUUAAAUCUUAUUGAUCAAAACUAGUUCACAGAUUUAAUGAUUUCCUAAAGAAGAGAUAAAACUACAGUUUAUAGUGAUAAAGCAGGGUUGAAAUUUCAACAUAUUAUCUGGUCCAAAUAAUGCUCUCUAAAUUAAAACCGAAAGUUGAUAAUGAAUUCACAAGGGCGUUCAAUGAUUAAGGAACACGUUUCCUCAUGAUGUGGACAGAAAUAACCAUGGCUUUACAGCGUGAUAGGCUUGCUACAGGUCUCUUAUAGUCUUUGAACUUUCUCAACUAUUGUAUGACAUCACGACAACAAUACGAUGAUGUAACGUCGACAAUUCAAUCACGUCAUGUCAACACUUCCUUGCAUUAAUUAAACUUCAAUCUUA